AUGCCUGAAAAAAUUUUUUACGAUGAGAAGGAUUUGGAUCCGACCCUCCGCGAAUUCUGGCUUGACGGGUUGGCUCAGCAGGCGAGAAGAGACGCCUACACCGCCGAAGCAAGUGGAAAUCACAAAAAAGCUCGGGAGCUUUUGAAAAACGCGGAAAAAUACGAGGCUGAGGCGGAGAUUAUUCACGAGGAAAUUGCUCAAUCGUGGAAAGCUUCCCGAAAUGCGAAAGAAUUCUCAAAUUUUCAACUAAUAAUCCUUGCUCUGUCUCCGGCACUUUUCGUUAUUUUAUUCUAUUUCGCCUAUAAACUUGAUUGAAGUUU